GUUUCCUUCGUCCUCUUCUUGCUCUCCUCCUCUGAAACGCACAGGGACUCUCUCUCGAACUCGAAGGAGAUGGGGAGCAGUAGUUGCUCUUCACGAUUAACACUCUCUCUCUUCUUCUUCUCACUCCUAAUCUCACUCGCGCACUCCUUCUACCUCCCCGGCGUCGCUCCUCGCGAUUUCCAAAGGGGCGAUCCCCUUCAAGUCAAAGUGAACAAGCUGUCAUCUACAAAGACACAGCUUCCGUAUGACUACUAUUAUUUGAAGUAUUGUAAGCCUCUGAAAAUUAUGAACAGUGCUGAAAACUUGGGGGAGGUCCUUCGAGGUGACCGCAUAGAAAAUUCAAUGUACACUUUCAAUAUGAGAGAGGAGCAGCCAUGCAAAGUAGCAUGUCUAGCUAAGCUUGAUGCUGAAUCUGCAAAAAACUUCAAGGAAAAAAUCGAUGACGAAUAUAGAGUUAACAUGAUUCUGGAUAAUCUUCCAGUUGCUGUUCUGAGACCAAGGAGGGAUGGCAUUCAGUCAACCAGUUAUGAACAUGGUUUCCGUGUCGGGUUCAAAGGAAAUUAUGCAGGGAGCAAGGAGGAGAAGUAUUUUAUAAACAACCAUUUGAGUUUUAGAGUCAUGUAUCACAAGGAUCUCAAGAGUGAUUCUGCUCGAAUUGUUGGCUUUGAGGUUACUCCAAACAGUAUUAAUCACGAGUACAAGGAAUGGGAUGAGAAGAAUCCUCAGCUGACAACAUGCAACCAGAACACCAAAACUAUGAUUCAAAGUAGCAUUGUUCCACAGGAAGUUGAUGCAGAUAAGGAGGUUGUGUUUACCUAUGAUGUUUCUUUCAAGGAGAGCGAUGUCAAGUGGGCAUCACGUUGGGACACUUACCUCCUCAUGAACGAUGACCAGAUCCAUUGGUUCUCCAUCAUAAACUCUCUGAUGAUUGUCCUCUUCCUUUCCGGAAUGGUUGCCAUGAUUAUGAUGAGAACUCUUUACAGAGAUAUUGCAAACUACAACCAAUUGGAAACACAGGAUGAAGCUCAGGAAGAAACAGGAUGGAAACUUCUACAUGGAGAUGUUUUUAGGGCACCAAUUAAUUCUGGUUUGCUUUGCGUUUAUGUUGGAACUGGUGUGCAGAUCUUUGCAAUGACACUAGUAACCAUGAUAUUUGCAGUUCUGGGCUUCUUAUCCCCUUCCAACCGAGGUGGACUCAUGACUGCUAUGGUUCUCUUAUGGGUCUUCAUGGGCAUAUUUGCUGGUUACUCCUCAGCACGUCUGUACAAAAUGUUUAAAGGCACUGAGUGGAAGAGAAAUACUUUGAAAACUGCUGUUAUGUUUCCAGGUAUUCUGUUUUCGGUCUUCUUUGUGCUGAAUUGCCUUGUCUGGGGGGAGAAAUCUUCUGGCGCAGUACCAUUUGGGACUAUGUUUGCUCUUGUGUGCUUAUGGUUUGGCAUAUCAGUACCUUUAGUGUUUGUGGGUAGUUAUUUGGGUUUUAAAAAGCCAGCCAUCGAAGGACCAGUGAAAACAAACAAAAUCCCAAGACAGAUACCAGAACAGGCUUGGUACAUGAAACCAGUCUUCUCCAUACUGAUCGGAGGCAUUCUUCCUUUUGGGGCUGUUUUCAUUGAGCUAUUCUUCAUCUUGACAUCCAUAUGGCUAAACCAGUUCUACUACAUCUUUGGCUUCCUUUUCCUAGUGUUUGUGAUCCUUAUCGUCACUUGUGCUGAGAUCACUAUAGUGCUCUGCUAUUUCCAAUUGUGCAGCGAAGACUACCACUGGUGGUGGAGGGCUUACUUGACCGCCGGUUCCUCUGCUUUUUACCUUUUCCUUUACUCUGCCUUCUACUUUUUCACCAAACUGGAAAUUACAAAGUUUGUUUCGGGUAUCCUGUACUUUGGCUAUAUGUUAAUUGGCUCGUACGCCUUUUUGGUCUUGACGGGUACAAUUGGAUUUUACGCUUGCUUCUGGUUUGUGCGGAAGAUCUACUCGUCCGUGAAGAUAGACUGACACAAAGCUACUGGCGAAAGGGCUCCAAGGAAGAUUGUUAUGGGAUUUGGAUAAGAGUUGACACACGAGAGGAUGCAGAAAGAGGCAUCUUCAUGUUUCUCAGAUAAGGUACACGGACAGGAAAGUUUUCAACCUUACCAAAGCUUCUUUCACCACUGUUGGUAGUGUAGGUCUUGUAACUCUAGUUUUAAUGUUUGGCGGUAUACACUGGUUCAUUUUUUAUUGAAUGUACUUUUAGCAGUUUCGUUGCUGGAUGAUUUCCUAUGGAUGUUAAUAUAAAAUUUCCUGAUACAUCCCUCGA